GGGCAGGACUAAUGCUGAUAUAAUUUUUCUUUCUCUUAUCUUCUUGGCUGUCGUCACGUGUGAUAUCGCACAUUUUGCUUUGUGCUUAUUCGUGCAGAAAUCGAAAUAUUCUAAAAAUUUUUACGCCAGGAGGGAGUAAUGAUACAUAAAAGUCAUGUUAAAUCCGUCUAUAGUCAAUUUAUUCUUCUUCCUGGUGAUUCUUUAAGCAAAAAAGUGAGAUGAAGAAUUAUGCAUAUUCAAUUUUCCUGAUGUGUGGACUGACUUAUUUUGCUAUCCAAGUACAAGGUGACUGCCAAUUCGGAUCCGAGGUUUUAAAAGUUGGUGUAAAAACAAUUCCUCCAUGCAGUGGGAUAGUUUGUGAACCUACUGGUGAAAUUUAUACAGUUAAAUGUGCGCAACCAAAGCGGCAUGUGUGUAGAGCAGAUGAAGAACCUUUGGGUCAUUUAUAUGAGGAUCCUACCAAACCAUAUCCACAUUGCUGUCCAGCAACUAUUUGUGUACCUCGUAGAGACAUCUACGGAUAUUAAAAGGGAAGAAUUAGAUUACGCGUAACAGAAUAUUCUGUACUUGGAAGUGUUGUUAUAAAUAAAUGUUGUUUUUUAUAAUUUCAAA